GACUUUUCUCAGAAUUCAAUCAAUCAGUGGUGGUGCAGGUUUGGGAUAUUAUCUCCUAGAAGUGCUGGUAGAAUUCCUUCUCUUCUCUUCUCUCUUCAGCAGAUCACAGAGGUGAAUAAGAGGAGGCAGAUUGGAAGAUGAAUCCAGGAGGACGGAGGCUGAAGCAGUGGCUCAUAGAGCAGAUUAACAGUAAUAUUUAUUCUGGCUUGUUGUGGGAGGAUGAGGCUCGCACCAUGUUCCGCAUCCCAUGGAAACAUGCUGGGAAACAGGACUAUAACCAAGAAGUGGACGCGUCCAUUUUUAAAGCUUGGGCAGUGUUUAAAGGCAAGUUUAAGGAAGGGGAUAAAGCUGAACCUGCGACAUGGAAGACCAGACUGCGAUGUGCGCUCAAUAAAAGUCCAGACUUUGAAGAGGUAACAGAUCGCUCGCAACUGGACAUCUCCGAGCCGUACAAGGUGUACAGGAUCGUCCCUGAGGAAGAGCAGAAGUUAGGUAAAAACAUCAGCACGACCUUGAAUUUGGGCUGCUCGAAUGAUGGCGUCGAUAUGGGCUGCAGUUCACCUGAUCUCGAUCAACUCAUCAAAGAGGCGUCUAAUGAUGAAUACUCGGGCAUUAUCAAGAGAAGUCAUUCUCCUAUGGACGAGAAUUGCAAUGUUCCUUCACCUCACGAGUUGUGGCAUCAGGGUUCUCAUAACGUUCUCCCUAUUCAUCUGGACCCAUCACCAAUGAGCACUUAUAAUGCUGUUUUUGCUCAGAUGAUGAUCUGUUUCUAUUACGGAGGAAAGCCGAUGGGCCACACAGUGACCACUCACACUGACGGCUGUCGGAUCUCGCCCUGCCAGCCCCCCAUCUCCAACGCGCUGCUGUAUGGCUCAGACAGCCUGCAGACCGUACGCUUCCCGUCUGUGGAGCUCAUCGAGAACGAGCGUCAGCGCUACGUCACUCGCAAGCUGUUCGGGCACCUGGAGCGCGGCGUUCUGCUGCGAGCCAACCGCGAGGGCAUCUUCAUCAAACGCCUGUGUCAGAGCCGAGUGUUCUGGAGCAGCCAGGACUCCCAGUACAGCACCGGCGUCAGCAAAUUGGAGCGAGAUGCUGUAGUCAAGAUCUUCGACAAUAACAGGUUUUUGCAGGCACUGCAUAUGUAUCAGGAUAAUCAGUACCCGGCUCCAGACCCCACUGUCUCGCUCUGUUUUGGAGAAGAGUUUGCUGACUUCAGCACUGCAAAGAACAAGCUGAUCAUCGUGCAGAUCACGUCUGUAAAAUGUCAGCAGCUGCUGGACGCAAUGACGGCUCACCGAGCUCAGUACAGCACCAACCUGGAGAUCUCCGAUGAACUUCCCGGCAAUCAGAUGGCUCACAAUUACCAGGACAUUUGCAACUACGUUCCCCAGCGGCCCCCGUGCUACAGAGACAACCUGCCCAUCAUCGCCUGAACCACAAGUCUGAAUCCAGCUCAGAUCAACAAGCGCCUCACAGACAGACUGAUUUAAAAAAACAAAAAAUAAAAAAAAAAUCAAUGAAAAGCAACGAAGAAACAUUUUAAGCAUUAGGAGUGCUGUGUGGUUUAAUAAACCCACAUGUAGCAUGAUGUUUUCUCAGGAAAAUCAUUGUGAAACUGUUCUCAGGGAAGGUUGUUCUUGUUUAAAUAUAUAUAUAUACAGUACUGUCCAAAAGUCUUAGCCCCCCUACUGUUUUUUUUUUCUCAUACAAACUUUUUAUACGACUUUAGCAUUCAACAGUCAAAACAUUUUAGAGUUCCAGACGUUCAUGUUUUUUUUUUUUUUUCAGCACAAAAUUAAAUAUUACAGGGGGGGAAAAAAGUUUGUAAUAUGUCUGAGCAGCAUAUUUCAUAACAGAGCACUUUUCAGAUUAAAACAGAAAGCAUAAUGAAGGUUACCGGAAAAUUUUUGCUGCAAAAUUAAGAAGUGUGACAGUCAAAGUGUCCAGAAGAACUGGGGCUGGUUCUGGAAGAUGCUCAGUAAAACCUACAGCUCAUUUCUGCAUAAAACUGCACUCACUGGACCUCAGACUAUUAUUAUUUUUUUUAAAAGCAAAAGGUCGUCUCAGACCAAAUAUCGACUUUGUUUCAUGUAUUCAUUUAUUACGGCUUAAUGAUUACUGUUUAUAGUAUUUUUUUAACAUUGAAACAUUUAAUUUCAUUAUUUUUUUAAGCCAUUUUUGGUCGACAGUGUUUCUAUACAUUUAUCUAAGACUUUUGCACAGAACUGUGUGUAUAUAUUUGUUAUAAAAUGUCUUUGGAUUGCUUUUACCCCCCAGUUUUAUAUGCAACCUGGCUUCCCCCCCC